AGGCGCACUGAGCGCUCAACUGCCAUUUUGUGGCAGAGGCUACUCUGCUAAAGCGGGAGAGGAUUAAAACAAACUGCGAAGAAGCCUGCAUUUCUCACCAGCAUCUCUAACUUUGUAGCACAGACUCUCUGCUUUCGGCCAAGUUAAACGGGAGGAGAAACACACUAAAAAGAGUUCCUACCCAACAUGGACGGAGGGCCAACAGAGGGUGUAGGGGUGGUGGAGGUCCCCUCCAAAGACUUUCCCUCCAUCCAGGCCGUUCACAGCCAGGAUGCAAUGGUGGCUGAUCUCCUCCAGCAGGCAGCUGAGGCGGGGGGCGUUGUAGAGGGACAAGCUGGAGUGGUCCUCGAGCAAGGUCAUGGAGAUGGAAUGGUAGCGAGCCAACAGCAGCUGAUGGAAGCAGCAGUGGGGGUUGGUGUGGAAGGGGGAGCGGGGGUUGAAAUGAUGGUUAUGGACUCGCUGGAUCCAACCCUAUUACAGAUGAAGACAGAGGUGAUAGAUGCUUCAGUAGGCGGUUCAACUACUACAGUGGGUGUUGUUGGAGGAGUAGCAGGUUCUGCGCACCAAGCAACUGUAACAACAGUAGACCAGACUCAAAUCAUCACACUACAGGUGGUAAACAUGGAGGAACAGGCGGCUCUGGGUCUUGGUGAGCUCCAGCUGGUCCAGGUUCCUGUUUCUGCCACUACUGUGGAGGCCCUGCAGCAAGGCACUUAUGUAGACACCACUGCUAUGCCUAAGGAUGGAGACCCAGUCAUCUGCCACACCCUGCCACUGCCUGAAGGCUUCCAGGUAGUCAAGGUUGGUGCUAAUGGGGAGGUUGAGACAGUGGAGCAGGAGGAGGAGGGAGGAGUUGUCCACCCUGUAGAGGAAGAUGAGAUGGGUAGCCACCAGCUCCUGGAAGAAGGGGAGGAUGAGCCCAUGCAACCUCCAAACGAAGACCCAACCUGGUCAAAAGACCCAGACUAUCAGCCUCCAAUUGGAGGUAUCAAGAAGACCAAAAAGGGUAAAAAGAGUCGUCUUCGAUAUGCUGAAGGAGACAAAGACAUGGAUGUCAGUGUGUAUGACUUUGAAGAAGAACAGCAGGAGGGCCUUCUGUCUGAGGUAAACGCUGAGAAGGUUGUGGGCAACAUGAAGCCACCGAAACCCACCAAGAUCAAGAAGAAAGGAGUGAAGAAGACAUUCCAGUGUGAGCUGUGCAGCUACACCUGCCCUCGGCGCUCCAACCUGGACAGACACAUGAAGAGCCACACGGACGAAAGGCCUCACAAGUGUCACCUGUGUGGAAGAGCCUUCAGGACGGUCACCCUGCUGAGGAACCAUCUCAACACACACACUGGAACUCGUCCACACAAGUGCACAGACUGUGACAUGGCUUUUGUGACUAGUGGAGAGCUGGUUCGUCAUCGUCGCUACAAACACACACAUGAGAAACCCUUCAAAUGCUCCAUGUGUGACUAUGCUAGUGUGGAGGUGAGCAAACUAAAGCGUCACAUUCGUUCCCACACCGGUGAGCGUCCAUUCCAGUGCAGCCUUUGCAGCUACGCCAGCAGAGACACAUACAAGCUUAAGAGACACAUGAGGACACACUCAGGAGAAAAACCUUACGAGUGCUACAUCUGUCACGCUCGCUUCACUCAGAGUGGAACCAUGAAGAUGCACAUCCUGCAGAAACACACCGAGAAUGUGGCGAAAUUCCACUGUCCACACUGUGACACAGUGAUUGCACGGAAAAGUGACCUGGGUGUCCACCUCCGAAAGCAGCACUCAUUCAUAGAGACGGGGAAGAAGUGUCGUUACUGUGAUGCCGUUUUCCAUGAGCGCUACGCUCUGAUCCAGCAUCAGAAGUCUCAUAAGAAUGAGAAGAGGUUCAAAUGUGACAUGUGUGACUACUGCUGUCGCCAGGAGCGCCACAUGGUGAUGCAUCGUCGCACCCACACAGGAGAGAAACCGUACGCCUGCAGUCAAUGUGAAAAGACCUUCAGACAGAAGCAGCUGCUUGACAUGCACUUCAAGCGCUACCAUGACCCCAACUUCGUCCCCACCGCCUUUGUCUGCCCCAAGUGUAACAAGACCUUCACUCGCAGGAACACCAUGGCUCGCCAUUCUGAGAACUGCAACGGUGAGGUGGAUGAGACUGAGAACGGAGCUGAAACCCCGAAGAAAGGAAGGAGGGGUAGAAAGAGGAAGAUGAGGAGCAGGAGAGAUGAUGAUGAUAGCGAGGAGGAUCAUGUUGAGCAAGACGACGAGGAAGAGGUGGAGGGUGAGGAGGAAGCAGCACUGCUACAAGAAGAAGAAGAAGAGGAGGAGGUAGAUAGUAUGGAACUGGACCAGGCCCCUGCCGCCAUCCCGGUGCCGGCUCCUGAUGAGCCACCUGUGAAGAGGAAACGAGGCCGACCCCCAAAGAAUGCCCCCAAACCUCCAACACCCAGCAAGCCCGUCAGAGUGGCUACCAAGACACCUUUAGCUGCUGCUGCCAUCAUCCAGGUGGAAGAUGAGAGCACUGGAGCAGUGGAGAACAUUAUAGUGAAGAAGGAGGACGGCGACACCUCUGCAACGAGUCCUCUGGAGCAGGGUGUGGCUCUAACCGUGGAGGGGGUGGGGCUUGAUGGGGAAGGGGUGGAGACUGUGGAGCUGGCAGUAAAUGAGGAAACAGCCGUGACAGCUGCCAACGGAGACCUGACACCAGAAAUGAUCCUUAGCAUGAUGGACCGAUGAACAUGCCCCACACACACACACAGAGAUGGACUUUGAGUAUAAUUGGCAAGCACACAUUAACAUUUUCACAUCUUUGGCCUUCACCGGAUGUUCCACAUGGUGGCCACAUUGCCUCAAUUGCAGUGGCUGCACAAAUCGACAUGCACGAAGAAGGGAAGCCGCAUGUAAAUACUCUUAUCAUAAUACUCCACGUCCAUAUACUUCAUCAUGCAAUACACACACAUAUACACACAUGAUCCCACUGCACACACUUGUGUACUCUCCCUUAUCAUAAUCAGAUAUCAUCUGAGCUAACGACAGACUUCUCUCUGCUCUUUAAUGCUCGUUUCAGUUUGAUUGUCUUUUGAAUGAAUCAUUGUGUAUUUUGCUACUAAUUUGUACCCACAGCCACUUCCUGUGUCAGUUCCCGCCCACACACUCUGCAGCUAGUGUUUCUCUCCUCUGCUCUGCCAAAAGGGGACAUUAUGACAUCUAGUUUCACUUUUCACCUUGAUUUCCUGCUUGCUCUAAUUGCAACUACUUGACUUUGCUAAUUCAAGCCUUUAUAUGUGUAUAUAUAGAAAAAAUGUAGUUUAUCCUAAUGACACGUAGUACCUGCUCUCAGUCAGAUGCUCUUUUAUUUUCCCAAAGGUUUGAUUUCCCUUCUUUGCCUGUGUUAAACACACAGUCCUUGUUUUGAUUUUAUGAGUUUGUAAAUGAAAGCCUCUCUCAAGGGAAAGAUGGAAUUUUUCUUAAUACAUGAGCUGAUAGCUCAGGAAAAUGCAGUCAAAUUAACGGCAGUCAUGACUUCAUGUGUGUCUGACAUGUACACUUCCAGCAGCCAUCUUUGUUCUUACCUACAGUCAGUCACUCAAAUUAAACGUUUCACAUAGCUCCUAAUUCAGUUUCCCAGCACCAAUGUAGUUUAAGAUAAAGUUAUAUUUCCUGUUUUCUCCUCUUGAUGACUAUUGGAAGAUAUUUGUCAUUCAUAUUUAUGUUCUUCCUCUGACUGUCAAUUGUUUCCAUCUCCUAAACUGAUUGAUCCCUGACUAUUAGAGAAAACUCAUGAACCUAUUUAAGUUGUUAAAUUUUGUACUUAAGGUGCAAAUUGUGAACAUUCCUUGUCUUUAAAUCACAGGGUAAAUAUGUUGUUUUGAACCCUAGGCCCUACUUUUUUACAUAUUAAUGUUGAGUCCACCAAUGUGCUGGUUUGUGCCACUGACAGGCUCUUGUCACUUUGUGCCUAUAAGACAUCCAGACCCCACAAUGUGUAAAAAGGUAGAGCCAGGGCUUAAAAUAACACUUUGACCCUUAAACAUUGAAUUAUGUUUAUUUAUUUGAAUCAUUACUAUGAUCAAACAUUGCUUUGUAAGAUAAAACCAGCAGCCCUUCAUCCCCAUUGUAAAAAACAAAACAAAUCAAUAUAACCAGCUGUAGCAGGUGGUUUGCAUGUACAUACUGGGUUUAAACCCUUUUUGCUUAUGUGAACCUUUCAAAUGUUUUUAUUGGCAGAUUUGGAGAUGAAUUGGUUCAAAGGGACGUUAAGGUUUUCAUAUCUGUGAUAAAUGUGUUGUUGCCAUACCCGGUACUACAUCCCCAUCAUGCUUUGCUGCCACACAUGAAACCUUCUAACCACCUAAAUCUGAAUACACAACCAACAAUUCUCCAGUCUGAUAAAUAUUGCUCCUGGCUGUAUUACGUAUCUGUUCUGAUGCUGUUUUACUCUUCUUAUUAUGGCCAUGUUACAGCUGCCACCAAUUUCCUCUGUGGUUGGUUCAGUUCAGUUUCAUAAAACAACAUUUGGGUCAUCUGCUUCUGCUUAAAGUGUGAGUUUAACCUGUAAAGGAACAAGAUAUUACUGAAUAUACGAUAUAAGACACAAACGGAUACUGAGUGAAGUUCAGUGGUAACAUCCUUUAAAAAAACAAAGCAGCGUUCAUGCUUUUUUUCUGACAGGCUUUGGUAUUGAAAGGAGGUCUGUUUUAAGAAGCUGUGGUUUGUUUUGUGCGACAUGACUUUGUUUGGCUAUCAGGUUCAGCUCUGUAAGAACAAAAAACAAUCUCAGCCCAAAUUCAAAGCAAUCAUCCUUUGAAAAAAUAUCAUCUCUCCAACUUUGCUGGAUGCUCAGAAGUCCAGCUGGUUCAGGUGUUCCUCCUUUUAAUAAAACAAGCUAGAACCUUUUUCUUUUUCUUUUACAACUGUAUAAGCCCAGAAUAUGCUGUAAAAACCCACAGACAUACAGUAUGGUUUUUAGAGGCUGGUUUAAGUCUAAAGAAAAUAAUGCUCACGCAUCAAAUUGUCACUUUUCUAUGAAUCAUUCAGAAACAAAAUGUGACUGUAAAAAAAGGAAACUUUGCAUUAUCAUUCUAUCAUGUUGUUCAGGAGCACGAAUGGAAGAUGGGUGUUUGCAGUAUCUUUGUUUUUAGUUUGCACAACCCUUGUUUGAUUCAGCAGAAGAAUUGAGAGAACUGUUUAAGAAUGGUGUGAAACGCCCUUGUUUGAAAGCCAGAUGGAACCUUUGUCCUGUCAUUCUGAAACUGAAUCUCUGUAUAGAUGAUGAGAAAUAAAAAUCAAUCUGAUGGGCCCAUAA